CAUUUCCGGUAAUAUUUUGGUACAGAAUUUGCGUACGAGAUCGAGUUUACGGUGCUGCUAAUGUAAUGGAACCUGCCUUGUUGACUUGAUGCUACAGGUUGGACAACGAUUGGGCUUAAUCUGUGACUUUCACAGUUAUGUGAGGAAUCAGCAGAAAACAAUGAUUAUCAUAUGCUGGAACUUUGGUAACUCAUCAUCAGCUCGGCCUACAUGUACCCAACACUGUCGAGGGUCUGUGUGACACGCCUGUCCGUCCGUCCUUCACAGCGCCAUGUAUCCUUCCAAACGCACCAGCCACCAUCGUCAUCAUCACAGCCAUCAUCAUGGCAACCACCACCAACAUCAUCUCAGAACAUCGCUAUCAGCUCGAACUUUAAUGGUGGAUGUGAGCUGUAGAAGACUUUUAUAUAUCCUCUUUAUAUUGACUGCUUGCUUUGAGCUGAGCUUUCAGCUGGACAGAACUCAUGUGCAAUAUUCGCCAUAUAAAACAACAUCGAUUCCCAUGUCCUCCGCAACCUGCCCGGGGGUGGCGCCCAUGACAGAUAGGGAUCUUAGUCGUCAGUCGCAUUAUUCAACAGAGCUUGUUUCAGAUGAGUUCAUAAUCAUGUUUCAUAGCUACUACACAGCCAAGGCAAGGCACAGAUAUCUUUGUGCAGCGAUGAAGAGCUGCAACGCCAGUGCGUGGCACAUCGUAGCCAGAGACAACCCAGCUGCUGUCUACCCGAGUGACUUUGAUGUCAUCAAGAUAUCUGGAGUGGAUGCGGCCGAUCUGAGUUCGCUGUCAGAUCACCCUGCGGUAAAACAGGUCACUCCGCAACGAAGGGUCACACGGUCAAUCAAGAGUUCAGGGUUCAUUGAAGAGGAAGAAGAAGAGAAUGACAUGGUCAAGCCCUUGAUGGAUGAAUUGAAAAUUGAUGAUCCAUGUGAUGGAAGAGGGGCAUACUGCACCAGCAAUUGGACAUCAUCAAGAAAGAUUUCAAGGGCAAGCUUAGGAGUGAAUUCCAACUUCUGGCACUCCACUGGCCGUUAUACAAGCCGUCGCCUGUUGAGGGCGGUCCCACGGCAGAUCACAAGUGCCCUGGAAGCCGACUUGCUCUGGGACAUGGGUUUCUCAGGUGCCGGUGUGAAGGUGGCCGUUUUUGACACGGGUCUGAGUGAGAACCAUCCGCACUUCAAGAAAAUCAAAGAGAGGACAAACUGGACCAACGAGAAGACAUUGGAUGAUGGGCUGGGUCAUGGGACCUUCGUAGCAGGGGUCAUCACCAGUCAUAAGGAGUGUCUGGGGUUUGCACCCGAUGCUGAUCUCUACAUUUUCAGGGUCUUUACUAAUAAUCAGGUGUCCUAUACGUCAUGGUUCCUGGACGCCUUCAACUAUGCAAUCCUCAAGAAGAUCAACGUUCUCAACCUGAGUAUUGGAGGGCCUGACUUCAUGGAUCACCCAUUCGUUGACAAGGUGUGGGAGUUGACAGCUAACAAAGUCAUCAUGGUAUCUGCUAUUGGCAAUGAUGGGCCACUGUAUGGAACUCUCAACAAUCCAGCUGAUCAGAUGGACGUGAUCGGAGUAGGAGGAAUAAACUUUGAGGAUUCCAUUGCCAAGUUUUCUUCCAGAGGGAUGACCACAUGGGAGUUACCUGGUGGUUACGGCCGUCUGAAGCCAGACAUCGUGACCUACGGCUCAGCCGUCCGAGGGUCAGGGCUGAAGAACGGAUGCAGGACUCUUUCGGGUACUUCAGUAGCUUCUCCCGUUGUAGCGGGAGCAGUCACACUCCUGGCCAGUUCCGUCCAAGAUCGUCAAUGGGUUCUGAACCCGGCCAGUAUGAAGCAGGCCCUCUUGGCCUCGGCCAGGAGACUACCUGCUGCCAACAUGUUUGAGCAGGGCCACGGCAAGUUGGAUCUUAUCAAGGCCUAUCAGAUACUCAGCACUUACAAGCCGCAAGCCAGCUUUAGUCCCAGUUAUAUUGAUCUGACGGAGUGUCCAUACUUCUGGCCGUACUGUACACACCCCAUCUACCAUGGUGGAAUGCCAAUCAUCGUCAAUAUAACUAUCUUAAAUGGCAUGGGAGUGACAGGAAAGAUAGUUGGGAAGCCAAUAUGGCAGCCCUUCGCCCCACAGCAUGGAGAUCAAAUUGAAGUUGCUCUCUCUUUCUCUCCUGUUCUCUGGCCAUGGUCUGGAUACAUGGCCGUGUCCAUCACGGCCGCGCCCACUGCUGCAUCAUGGGAAGGGAUAGCCCAGGGUCAGAUCAUGAUGACUGUUGAAUCUCCUCCCGAGAAUGGAGAGGACAGCCCACGACGGAGUAGCAUGAAGCUACCCAUCAGAGUGAAGGUGAUACCUACCCCGCCCCGCAGCCAACGCAUCCUCUGGGACCAGUAUCAUAACCUGAGGUACCCACCAGGUUACUUCCCUAGGGAUAACCUCAGAAUGAAGAAUGAUCCUCUUGACUGGAAUGGGGAUCAUAUACACACAAACUUCAAGGAUAUGUAUGAGCAUCUUAGAGCAGCUGGUUUCUAUGUGGAAGUUCUUGGCGCUCCUUUUACCUGCUUUGAUGCGAAGCAGUAUGGAACUCUUCUUGUGGUCGAUCCAGAAGAAGAAUUCUUCCCCGAGGAGAUAAGCAAGCUGAAGAGAGACAUAGACAACGGUCUCUCCGUCAUCAUAUUUGCUGACUGGUACAACACCACUGUCAUGAAGAAAGUCAAAUUUUAUGAUGAAAAUACAAGACAAUGGUGGAUGCCGGACACAGGAGGCAGUAACAUCCCAGCUCUCAAUGAAGUACUAGCCCCAUGGGGGAUGGCAUUUGGGGAUGGGGUGUUUGAAGGAGAGUUCUCCAUCGGCGGGAGAAAAAGCCAGUAUACCUCGGGGACCAGCAUCGUCAAGUUCCCAUCGGAAGGCGGUCUUCUGAUCCAGGCCUCCCUCAAGGACCAGGGCUAUGAGGUCCUCAAAGGGGAGACCAAGACUGCAUCGGAUGUCCCCAUCCUGGGCAUGUUCCAGCACGGCAAGAGCGCUGGCCGGAUCGUCCUCUUCGGGGAUUCCAACUGUCUAGACACCAGUCACAUGCAGACAGACUGUUACUGGCUUCUUGAGACACUCCUUCAGUACACGGCAUAUAGCAACCUCUCCCCCAUGUUCUCUGAGCAUGAAAGUAUAGCUACCUCACUUCCACCAGUAGACACCCUCCCUACCAGGAUGGAAGGCAACCACCUCUACCGCUAUUCCAAGGUUCUAGAAGCUCAUCUAGGGGAGCCCAGGGCACGGCCCCUCCCUGCUUGUCCCCAGCUGGCCUGGGCUAUAGGAGAACCACUCAAUUUCUCUGCACCAAGCAAUCUUUACAAGCACCAGAAGCUCCUCUCCGUUCCCGAGGCAUUCCUCCCUCUCGUCCGGCGCAAUGGUCAACCGGCUGCGCCCCAGCUCAUGAAGGAAGAAAACGAGCCCCACGGGCCGGGCGGGUUCAACCCGAACCUCUCGGCCUCGGGCCUGGACCAGUUCUGGGGCAUCCCUCUUAUAGGGUUGUUCAGCGUCCUUCUGGUAAUGGGAUUCCUUUUCUAUCAGGUCCAACAACGCAGGACGAGACCGAGGAGACGUAAACCGUACCGCUUAAAGAAAUCCUACCCCCACGCAUCCUCGUCGCUUCAUUACGGCAAGAUGCCGGCGGUAUAGUACUUGGCCAUCUCCACAGGAAAGAUGUGUUGUUGUUUUUAGUCUCAAAAGUGUUGUGAAAGGAUGAAUGGAUAUUUUGUAUUUGUAUUGAAAAUCCACUGAAAUAAUAUUUUAAAAUCUGUAUUUCUUUAAUAUAUCUUUUAAAUUUUUUCCUCUUGUUGUCAUGUAAGCUAACUGAUGUUCAUACUUACAAGUUUUUAUUGCAGAUGCUGAAUUCUUCUGCCCUAGAAAGUAGUCUAUGGAGGUUAUGGG